CCUUCUUCCCCAACCUGCAAAUCCCUAACGUUCCCAAAAUUCACUCCGGCGAACAAUUCCGGCAUUGUUGCAGAGAAAAUGGGAAACGCCGAUCAAAUGUCGUCCGACGAAUACUCCGCGGAAUUCGAGAGCGGUGCUAGCCGCCGCGUCGCCGUUCCGCCGCCGAAGCCGUUCGUGCAGUCGCUGAAGAACACGCUGAAGGAGACGUUCUUCCCCGACGACCCGCUCCGGCAGUUCAAGGACCAGCCGCCGCGGAGGAAGCUCCUCCUCGGACUUCAGUACUUUUUCCCCAUCCUGGAAUGGUCCCCGCGCUACACUCUGAGCUUCUUCAAGUCCGACCUCAUCUCCGGCAUCACCAUCGCCAGUCUCGCCAUUCCUCAGGGCAUCAGCUACGCCAAACUCGCGAAUCUGCCCCCAAUCCUCGGCCUAUAUUCCAGCUUCGUACCGGCGCUGGUGUACGCCGUGAUGGGGAGUUCGCGAGAUCUGGCGGUGGGGACCGUCGCCGUCGGAUCGCUCCUCAUGGCGUCGAUGCUCGGAAAGGAGGUGAAUCCGCUAGAGAAUCCUCAGCUCUACCUUCACCUCGCCUUCACUUCGACGCUAUUCACCGGCCUCUUCGAAGCCGCCCUCGGCAUUUUCCGGCUAGGUUUCAUAGUCGAUUUCCUAUCGCACGCUACGAUCGUCGGAUUCAUGGGCGGAGCAGCGACGGUGGUGAUCCUCCAGCAGCUCAAAGGCGUGCUCGGCCUCGAGCACUUCACCCACGCUACGGACGUUGUCUCGGUCAUGCGAUCCGUCUUCUCGCAGACGCACCAGUGGAGAUGGGAAAGUGCAGUGCUGGGAGUUGUAUUCCUUUUCUACCUACUGAUUUCCAGAUACUUUAGUAAGAAGAGGCCAAACAUGUUCUGGGUAUCAGCAAUAGCACCAUUAGCAUCGGUGAUAUUGGCAACUGUGUUGGUGUACUUUACGCAUGCUGAGAAACAUGGCAUCCAAGUGAUUGGUCAUUUGAAGAAAGGGUUAAAUCCACCCUCAAUAAUGGACCUGAAUUUCGAUUCCAAUUACCUGACACUAGUUGUCAAAACUGGCAUUGUCACGGGCAUCAUUUCCUUAGCUGAAGGAAUAGCAGUGGGGAGAAGCUUUGCAAUGCUGAAGAACUACAACAUUGAUGGCAACAAAGAAAUGAUUGCUUUUGGGAUGAUGAACAUUGCUGGUUCUUGCACUUCUUGUUACCUCACCACAGGUCCAUUUUCGCGAUCGGCCGUAAACUUCAACGCCGGGUGCAAAACAGCCGUGUCGAACAUCGUGAUGGCGCUGGCGGUGAUGGUAACGCUGCUGUUCUUGACUCCCCUGUUCCAUUAUACGCCCCUUGUCGUUCUUUCGUCAAUCAUUAUCGCUGCCAUGCUCGGCCUCAUCGACUACGAAGCAGCCAUCCAUCUCUGGCAUGUCGACAAGUUCGACUUCCUUGUCUGCCUCAGUGCCUAUCUUGGCGUUGUCUUCGCCAACAUCGAAAUUGGCCUUGUCUUGGCCAUUGGGCUGUCUGUCCUAAGGGUGCUAUUGUUUGUAGCAAGACCGAGGACAUUAGUUCUAGGAAACAUUCCGGAUUCUAAGGUUUACCGAAGCGUUGAUCAUUACGAAAACGCGCAGAAUGUUCCCGGGAUUCUGAUUCUCGAAAUCGACGCUCCAAUCUACUUUGCAAAUGCAAACUACUUAAGGGAGAGGAUUUCGAGAUGGAUUGACGAAGAAGAAGACAGAGUGAAAAGAUCGGGAGAAACAGACUUGCAGUACAUUAUACUUGACAUGAGCGCCAUUGGAAACAUCGACACAAGUGGUAUUAGCAUGCUCGAUGAGGUUAAGAAGAUCAUUGAUCGACGAGGGCUCAAGCUAGCACUGGCGAAUCCGGGAGCGGAGGUGAUGAAGAAGAUGAACAAAUCGAAAUUCUUGGAAGAAUUAGGGCAGGAAUGGUUGUUCUUGACAGUUGGCGAGGCUGUCGGGGCCUGCAACUACAUGCUUCAUAGCUGCAAAACAGCAGAUCCUUGUGUUAAAUAUAGCAAUAAUGUGUGAGCUAAGCUACCAAUGGCAAAUAGCAAUUAGGAAACAGUGUCUGCAAUCACGAGAGGGUCAGAUUUUAGCAGUGCCUAAGGCACUCUUUCCUCCCAUGCUAUAUAUAUAUUUGUUUGUGUUUAAGAUGUAUCGAAUAGUCGUGUAUCUAUUUUUCUUGUAUUGAAAAUGAAGAGCAAAAAAAAAAAAAAAUUCAAAAAAUUAUAAAUAGAUAUCGAAAUGAAGUCAUACCUCAUGUGUAGAAGGCUUAAUGCAUGCGCAAAACCGUAUUUUCUUAGGCCUUUUGUAAGUUCUUCGACUCA